AAAAAGGCAUGGCAUACAAUUAAAACCAUGGUUAACUUACCAGUCAUCAGCCCUUUCAAGAAACGCUACUCAUGGGUGCAGUUGGCUGGGCAUACAGGGAGUUUCAAGGCAGCUGAUAGUGGGAAGAUUCUCAAACGCUUCUCGGAGAAUGAAAAGGAGUGUUUUGAGCGGUUGAUGAAAGACCCGCUACGUUCCUGUGUCCCUUGCUUCCAUGGUGUGGUGGAGAGAGAUGGCGAGAGCUACAUUCAGCUGGAUGACUUGCUUACUGAUUUUGAAGGGCCUUGUGUGAUGGACUGCAAGAUGGGGAUCAG